AUGUCAUCACCUCCGGAAUCGUCACCUGCCAAGCCAAAAGACGACCUGAGCAUCUCAUCCUCGGCGCCGUCGGCAUCUCAACCCAAAUGCCAUGUCCACAAGCGUGCAAUAUACAUGUAUUCAUCGCCGCGGAUAGCCUACGUCUCUGAGUUUCAUCGUGAUCCUCCUUUUGACCCAUCAGCGGCGUGCCUGACAGCUAGAUUCGGGUGUUACCCGAAGGGUGAACUGAAGGACCCAGAUGCCAUUUACUGGUACACAUUUGCCAAUGGCGACGAAGUGUGGGACAUAUGCGACAAUCCAGUAUCAAACAGUGAAAAGGCAGAAGACUCCUGGGACGGAAGCCUCGACAUGCCGUUUGGUCCCGCCAACUCAGCCGCUCUCACUUCCGGUUACGAGGGAUCCCUUAUUCCCAAAUACGCCACGGCGGUCACGGAAUUGCCUCAGGAUCCAACUGAUGAUCCCCACGCCAUCGUGAGGAGGUGGCACAUUGACAUGGAAAGGAUCGAGGCCUGGAAAGACGAAGUAGCACAAACAGCUCAGACUGCAGAUCCUGACGAGAUGCUGCCCUCUCCUCCGUCAACUCACCUGGAAAGUCCUCCUUCUCCGCACAUCGAGGCCUGGAUAGGCGAAGUAGCACAUACAACUCAGACUGCGGAUCCUUACGAGAUUUUUCCCCCUCCUCCAUCAACUUACCUGGAAAGUCAUCCUCCUCCGCACAGUUCUUCGCCAGUGAAACCUACGACAACCACUCGUCAUUCUGUGACAGAGAUCACGGAGUUUAGACAACAGCUUGAAAUAUCAUCAGAAGCGAAGGAACAGGAAAUUGUCGAUGCCUAG